GAGCAGCGGAGCGGAGCCAUGGGGAAGCUUCAAGAAUUUGAUAUCACUUUUGCCAACAACAAGGUGGUUUACGGUCCGGGAGAGUCCAUCAGCGGAACUGUGAAAAUACGAACCGGCAACUCGCUGCAGUACAAAGCCAUCAAGGUGAACUGUCAGGGAUCAUGUGGGAUCUCCAGCAAAAUGAACGACGCCUCGUGGACUCUGGAGGAGCAGUACUUCAACAGCACUUUGUCUGUUGCUGACAAAGGAACCCUGGCAGCAGGUGAACACAGUUUCCCCUUCCAGUUUCUCAUCCCAGUUGCUACCCCGACUUCCUUUGAGGGACCCUUUGGGAAGAUUAUUUAUCGCGUGAGGGCGGCCAUCGACACACCGCGCUUCUCUAAGGACUACAAAGCCCAGAGGCCCUUCUACCUGCUCAACCUGCUCAACCUCAAUGAGGUGCCUGACAUUGAGCAUCCGAGUUAUGCUGUGACCACCAAGAAGUUCAGCUACCUCCUGGUGAAGACGGGGACGCUGAUGCUGAAAGCUCGCAGCGACUUCAGGGGUUACAUCCCCGGUCAGGUCAUCAAGUUAGCCACUGAGAUCCACAACAAGUCAGGGAAGGACACAGGAUGUGUGCUGGCCAGUCUCAUACAGAAAGUGACCUAUAAGACCAAGCGGCCUGUGUACGACCUGCGGACCAUCGCUGAGGUGGAGGGAGCCGGAGUGAAAGCAGGAAAACAUGCAGAGUGGAGAGAGCAGAUCAUCGUCCCUCCUCUUCCUCAGUCAGCACUGACCGGCUGCAGCCUCAUAGACAUUGACUACUUCAUUCAGGUGUCACUAAAAUCUCCAGACGCAGUCGUCACUUUGCCUAUCUAUAUCGGGAACAUCGCUGUGAACUUGUCUCCGUCGAGGACCAUGCCAUCCAGUCCGGACCACUCCGCUAUCGCACCCAGCGCAGCGGGCGUGACACCCAGCGCCCCACCGGUGGAGGAGGAGCCAGAGGAGGUGCUCUGUGCGGGGGGCGUGGUCAGUGAGGAGAUUCCCACCAAGAGUCACUCUCAGCAGGACCCCUCAGGUCAGCCGGUCACCAUGUCCCCCAGCGCCUUCAGCCACGCCCCCGGUGCUGCCCUUCCUCCCAGCCACAGACGGCCCGACGCCUCCGCUCCCCUGUUCUGCGUGUCCACCGGGGCCACCAUACCUUUCUUCACCGAGGGAGACGUGACUCCUGUCCCCACUUCCUGUUCGCUCAUCCUCCCUCCAGAGUACAGCAGCUGGGACUACCCGCAUGAGCCCCCACCCACUUACGAGGAAAGCUGCAGUAGCGCCAACUCCAGUUUCAACAGUAGACAAUAGAGAAGAAGCAGGUGAUGAAGCAUCAUGGCCACGCCCACCCACACCUGUCUGCAUACGCCUCAAGAAAAAUCAGGGCAGAGACGUGCCGGGUUAAAGAGGAUGGACGAUAACUCCACCCCCAAACACCCCAAAGAUUGUUUCUUUGUCCUCGAAUGAGUAAAAAAGGGAUCACAUCUUAUAUGGAAUAUAAGUUUUAACUUCACCUCAUGUCCCAUCAGGUAUCGCCAGACGGAACGGGUGAACAUCACUGUGCCUAAAACAAGUAUUUUGGAUCAUCGUACAGCAUUUAGAGUAUUCAGUGAUUGGACAUGCUUUUUUAACGGGGCCGAGUAAAAUCUGUUGAACUUUUGCAUCUGUGAUGCCUCGAAUAUGAGUUCGGCCUACUGAGGGCUCAUGUGUGACGAGAUCAGACGGCCUUUUUUGUAGUCUUGUUCCAGUUGUGCACUUGUUAUUGUGGUCCACCGCUGUCCAUUUGUGUCUCAGUUGUCCUCAUCAUCAGCAAGGCAGAGCUGUCUUCAUGCUGGUUACUGAGAGGAGAACUUAGGGCCAGAGGUUUCGAUUUGUCCAGUUAAAACCCCUGUGUGUAGGAUUUCUCUGAUUAGAGCAUCUUAAGGUUCAUUACUGCUGCUUUUAUGUGCAAAAAUAGAUAAAAGGUUCAUUUCAAACUUUGUAACCAUCACUGCCCACAUAGUUCAUGCAUUCUUUAUGUUUGCAUAGAUUUAUCCAAUACACAAGAGGGCAGAGUCAAAAGUUUCAGACAACGGCAAACACUGGGACAUGUGGACAGAGAAUUAUUUUCACUAUAUUACUGAUUUUUUGCGUUACGACCUUGUCCAGUGGUCGUGUCUCUUUUGACCUACAUUUUAUUUCAAUUAUUUAUUAGCACCAUUAAAAACAGUAACAGAAAAUAGGUCAAAAAGAAUACAAAAAGAUAAGGUGGCAGAGAGGCUAGAAACCCAAAUGGGUUUAUAAAAAAUACCUCACUGAAGGUAAUACGAUAAAUUACAAGUAUUACAAUAGAUUACAAUACUUUGAUGCAAGCAAUAUACAACAGGGUCAACAAAAAAACGACAAAAAGAUAAAGACUAAUUGUGUGUGUGUGGGUGUAUGUGUGAGUGUGUAUUUGAGCAUGUGAGUGUGCAUGUGCGCAUAAAGGCUUCAACCUUUCGGAAAACAUGCAUGAAUUGGGAUGACAUGACAGCAGAGGAUGGACAGAAGGCCGUGUGCUUGUCCAUUAGGGUUUAGCUGAAUACUCACAACUAACAAGUCUCCGUAAUUUUGACGGGUAUAAGUAUCAUCUGAGUAAAUGUGUCAAUAUGCAUACUCAUGAUGAAGGAAAUCCUCAUUUUGUUUAUUUUAUUACUAUUGUGAUCAAAAAUAAUCUAAAGCUCUAUUCUGAGAUUGUUCUGUCAAUAGUUUUCUAAUAAAUAAUAAAUAUAACAACACCAGUAAGGCCCAAACCCAUUUACAAUUUAAAGUCCAUUUCCGGUUUAAACUCACUCAUCUCUUGUCUACAUUUAUGUCUCUAACCUUAAGCAUAAAUGGAAAUAUAGGAAAUAUGAGACAAUCCCAGUGAAAAUAUGUAUAGCCUGUGCACUGUACAGGCAUGCAUGAAUGUCUGCUACAGUGUCUGAUUUUAUUAUACCACUAGAAAAUGCCAGUCAGAAAUUGUUAGAAUCCUCCACAUAGAGGCUUUAGGGACAAAUAAUGACUCAGCAACAUCUCUCAGUUGUGCAACUUGAAAUCGAAGCAGCAGUUAAAAUUAAAAAGACAAAUUAAUGUGUUUUUAAACAUUUUUUUUGAAUCACCCAAUUGGAAGAUUUACAUUUCUAUAUUUAAAUUUGGUUUGUAGACAAUGUCAUUUCUGUCAAGAAAAAAAUCAACACAUAAAGGAGCAUGUGUGUUAAUUUUAUUUUGGAAAAGAUUAAUCAUCUCAGAUUAAAAAUAUAUAUAAUAUAUAUGUAUCAGCUUUGUAGCAUCAUCGUGUGUUGCCUCAUAUAUAACUGAGAGGUUUUGCUUUGACACCAGUUUUGUAUUCAGAGGACAGUUUAUCUGCAGAUGAAGCUCAUUUCUCCUGCAGCUGAGCAUGAGGUCUGCAGUGCUGGCGCAGUGUUUCUCUGCCCUCUUGUGGUCAUUGCUGGUUUAUUUCAACUUGUCUGGUAACUGGAGUUCAACAUAAUCAGCCAUGAAGUACUGUGUCACUGAGCCUCUGCUUCUGUGAUGCACCAGCUGAGGUCUGCCGGGUGAAUGUACACAACUGUUUGUUGAGCAGGUCUGACAAAUUAAGGUUUGACAUAUGUGUUGUUAUGAGAUGUGAUGCAGGUGUUUAGCAUCAUGUUUUCAGUCUGAGAUUGUAUGUUGGUUUUUCUCCUGUUUGUUGCCUUAACUUUCAUUUAAUGUUACAUUGGUGAGACGAGAGUCCCUCUGAAAUUUCAGUUGAUCCAGAUGAUGAACACACAUGUGCACAACACAGCACUUUUUUUUUACAGUUUGCAUGGUCUUGUGAGUGCACAUCUACCGUGUGUGUGUGUGUGUGUGUGUGUGUGUGUGUGUGUGAGAGAGAGAGAGAGAGAGAGAGAGUGUGUGCGUUUAUAUGUAUGUGUGUUAGUUUUCAUUUAAACUCAACCAUUACAAAUUGGUUCAGAUUUCAGCAUCUGUGUUAAAUUAUGUGACAAUUUUCUUUGCCUGUGUACAAGGGCUGGGUGAUAAUUUAAUACAAACUGGAUUUUAACUUUCAUCAUAAUCAUAUCGUGAUAUGAUCUUAUCAUGCUGACAUUUUUCUUGUCCAAAUUAAUUAAUCUCUGUAAUGAAAAACUGACAAAAAUUAGUUACAUUUUUGCACGUAUGAAGAGUCUGAUUUCAUGGAAUUCAUCACAGUGGAACAAAUUCACAAUGACUAUAUCUCAUUAUGCGUACCUUUUAUAUAGAGCUGAUCCAAUAAAUUCAAUGUGUCAAAGCUUCAAUCAUUGCCAUGGUAAUCAACAUCUAAAUUAGUAUUUGAAAACUUUUUUUUGGUUUGGUUUUGUUUUUCACCAGUACACUUGUAGAAAAGAAAUUGAAAGAAGGUGGCAAGUGUCCUCAGUGCAGUCACUGACCCCAGUUUUAAGCAGCUGAUUUCAGCUCAGCUCAAGUUUGUCAUCAAAAAGUACAGUGUACAUUCACUGCAGUGAAAUGCAUUAUAUAAUUAAGUAAUAAAAUGAUACUUAAUCAAAUAAUAAGCAAAUAUUUAAAUUGUCUGUCCCACAAGGAAAAGGAACAGGGGAAAUGAAUUGCAGAUUAUCUGCAGCUGGAAACUGUAUUAAAGGGCUUUCUUUGUAUCUAGGGAUUUGACCUAAACUGGCUUUUAAGGUAGUAAUAACUUACAGAAACAUUGCGUGUAAUAGUCCACCUUCCACCGUCUCUUCCUGCUCAAUAUUACUCUCUUUUAUUACUAAUACCACCAACCCCUGAUCCCAUUGUGUCUUAUUGAAGCUUCAAAUAUUUGCAGUUGAUUAUCACUAAAUCUUCAAAGCCUCAAAAAUGGUAAUCGAAACAGCCCUACAUUUAUAAUAUUGUGUGUCAUGUCCUUAUGACAAAAAUAUCCUUGUUUAUAUAACUACAUUAUUUGACCCACAUCACCCAGCCCUACUAUGCUGUAAAAGGAUCAACAGAAAUUCAUUGUCACCCGUCUGUGUGGAAACUACAACUGAAAAUUUUAAGCACAACUGCUGUCCUGACUAUUUGUGUGAUUAUUUAUGUUUGUCUUAUUUUACCACAUUUUAGUACAAAGUCAUUCUGUGAAUUCAGAAAAAUAAUCGCAGUGCUGGUUUUGGCUCCUGACUGCAAAUCAUGUUGCCACGUUUUCUGGAAUUUUAUUUUUGUGAGACUCAUCAGCUUGGAAAUCUCCACAGAAAAACUGCUGUUACUGUAAGACACCUGACAGCCCCCCAAACCACUCUGGCUCUACAUUAUUGUAAAUGCAUGCCUUAAACAGUCUGGACUCACACCACCUCUUACAGAAGCUUGUGAUGGACUUUCUUCUUCUCCGUCAGGGAGGAUGCCAGGAUGUGCUCGUGCAGCUCCUCCUGUUCGUCUCCUGUGGACUGUGCUAAGUGCACUUGAUGUAUACAAAUGUAGCUUUUAAAAACAGCAAGGACACUGAACCUUAGACCUGUUGGACUUUUUUUUUCUAUCCUUGUUUUAGAAAAAAUGUGCAAUUCCUCUCAUCUCCAACAACGCUGCAACAGCAACUCCCUGAAGUAAUUUCAGGCUGCCUUUUAUUGAUCCUGAUUCUGUUGAACUCUUCUCCACCAAAAGGUACUAUAGCUUUAUGAAGCCCCUCUUGUUCUGUGUUUUUUUUCUUCAUUCAUCCCCCCUCACAUAUUGAUGAGUGGUGUCUGGUUUUGUAUUUUUCUACUUGUAAACUGUUUACAGGUGCAGUAUGCAGAUACGAGUAGUAGCACCUAAAUUAGUAAAUGUAAUAUUUCGACAAACGGUGCAGGAUCAGAGUUGCACUGUACAGUAUAACAAUAAAAUUAUAUGACGUGUUUUUGUUGGUUA